AUGAGUGUUAUCCCGAGCAUACCGUCGACCUCGGCGAACGCGCCUACACAGCUUCGGACCGCACCAUCCUACGCCGGGCGGUGGACCAAACUCUCCCCACCUCUUACACCAUGGAUCCUCUGGCUACUCUCGGAUCUUUCCUUCGCACAAAUGACACCUGUCCAAGCAUCUACAAUCCCCCUCUUUCUUGCGCACAAAGAUGUCGUUGUCGAAGCGGUGACGGGGUCGGGAAAGACGUUGGCAUUCGUGAUACCAGUGUUGGAGAUGUUGCUGAGACGAUCGACGAGGUUGAGAAAGGACGAAGUUGGUGCGUUGAUCGUGUCUCCGACUAGAGAGUUAGCGGAGCAGAUCCACAAGGUGUUGAUGAUGUUCCUCGAUGCACAGUCUUCAGCUGACGAGAAGGAGGAGGAGGAGGAAGCGGAAGCAGAGGAGGAGGAGACAAGUGAUAGUGACAGCGAUUCCGACUCGGCCACUGUCAGGCAACCGAAAGAGACAAAGACCGCUAAACGCAAAUCCACGCGAAUCGCAGGAUCGCAACUCGUAGUGGGAGGAUCAAAAUCGACACCCCUCGACGACUAUCGACUGUUCCGCGACAGCGGGCCGGACAUCUUGGUGGGAACGCCAGGACGACUUGAAGAGCUUCUCUCCAAAAAGGGCGUCAAGAAGUCCUCCCUCGAAGUUUUGGUCCUCGACGAAGCAGACCGACUACUCGACCUCGGUUUCACCGAGAACUUGCGUCGUAUCCUCUCUCUUCUACCGAAACAACGACGGACAGGUCUGUUCAGUGCAACAAUGACAGAUGCGCUCUCCGAGCUCGUGCGUAUGGGUCUACGAAAUCCAGUUCGAGUGGUAGUCAAGGUCGAAGCCAAAACCAAAUCCGUCGGUUCUGACGAAUCAAGGAGAACACCCGCAAGUCUACAGAAUCUUUACCAAGUCUCAAGACCAGAGAAUAAGCUAGCACAGCUCGUAAGGAUCCUGCUGUUCGAAAGCAGUGACAAGGGGAUGAGUGGUGGUGCACGCAAGUUCAUCGUCUACUUCAGCACCUGCGCCCAGGUCAACUACUUCCAUUCGGUGUUCAGUCAACUGCCCAUCCUCAAGUCACACUCUGUGACGCUAUUUGCACUGCAUGGCAAGCAGACACCUUCAAAACGCAAAUCGCAGUUCGAAGGUUUCGUAACCAGCACGUCUCUCGAUUCCGGGAGUGGGGCUGGGGGUGCAGCCAGCGUUUUGUUCUGCACCGAUGUUGCGGCCAGAGGACUGGAUCUGCCGGAUGUAGAGGUGGUUGUGCAGUACGAUCCACCGACGGAUCCGAAGGUUUUCUCGCACAGAUGCGGUAGGACUGCAAGGGCGGGAAGGAGAGGUAGGGCGAUCGUCAUGUUGCAUUCGGGGAGGGAGGUAGAUCUAGUCAACUACAUGGGGGUGAAGAGGAUCCCACUCGCCCCAUAUCCGUACCUUUCCGCGGGGCUGGAAGGUGCGGUGGAAGACGAAGAGGUUGAUGCGUCGGCAAGGGAGUUGGAACUGACAAUUCGGGAGAUGGCCAAGAGCGACAGGGAGAUCUUCGAACAAUCGAUUCGUGCCUACGUCUCCUACGUUCGAGCGUACAGCAAGUACGAGAUGUCGUACAUCUUCAGGUUGGGCGAUUUGGAUUUGGCAGGCGUAGCGAAAGCAUUUGGAUUGAUCAGGUUGCCGAGUAUGCCCGAGUUGAAGGCGAGAAAGGCGUCCAAGGAAGGACUGGAGUACGACGAAGAACCAAUGGACUUCGCCACAAUUGCCUUCAAAGAUAAAACGAAGGAGAAAGCUCGGUUGGCCAAAUUGGAGGAAGAGAAGGCGAAAGCCACUCGCAAGCAACAAGACGCCGAAAACGACCUCAGCGACGACAGCUCCGACGAUUCCGACUCUGCCUCAGCAAAGCUCAACGGCAAAAAGAAGCGAAAAAGGAUCGAAACACCCGGCGGAGCGUGGUCAGCACAAAAGGAGCGAAAGGAGGCACGACUGCUGAAGAAAGAGAAGCGUGCGCGCAAACGUACCCUCCUCAAACAGCAAGCUUUCCAAGCCGCCACCGCCGAAACCAAGCAAAACCGACCCGCCACGCACGGCCCCAGCGAAGACGACGAUGAGGAAGAAGACUGGAACGAGGAAUAUCGCAAGCUUCAAAAGGACAAACGUCAACAGCGACAGCGCAAACACAACGCUGACGACGACGACGACGACGCCAUGGGCUUCAACAACGACAGCGACGAUAGCAACCCACCCGCCGCCGAUGCGGAACCAUUCUUUGUCAUCUAA